AUGCCUCUGUUUCGGGCGUCGGGUUGCCAGGCAGGGGUCAAGGCUCAGCCCCAACGGAGACGUCAGAGGGUCAGGAGGGGGACAGGAAGCUGCUGUGUGACUCAGGAUGAUGACUGUGUCUCUUCUCUGAGACACCUGUGUCUGAUGAACCUCGCUGACAACAUGAAGGACGUGUGGGUGAAGGACUACACGGACAACUACCUUGAUCAUUACUUCUUCAGAUACAUCAUGGGGCCCUUCAACUUACUGCCUGGAGAGCUCGUGGAGGAGCUGACAUCGUGGCUGUGUCGUCGAAAGCAGCUGUCUCGACCGGCCCUCCACCUCCUGCUGGUCCCGCAGCUCCGAGGCCUGUCCCUAGAGAAGUGUCCCGGGCUGGCGACCUCGGCCCUCUGCGGCCACAUUGCUGCUCGUUGCCAGGGUCUGCGGAGUCUGGACCUGUCUGGAGCCCAGCAGCUUCCUUCAAAGGUCCUGUGUGAAACCCUGCACAGCCUCCCAGCUCUUCGCUCCCUCUCCCUCUGCGGCGUGCCGUGUGACAGAAGUGUAAUCCACGCAGUUGUCCGCUGCUGCCGUUCAUUGAGACAUCUUGAUGUGUCCCGUUGUCAUUUGCUUUCCCCAGCUUCACUGCUUCCUCUAGGUGGUGUCAAUCCGUCAUCUUCCUUUCUCAGUCUGUUGGCUGUGGAUAUAGGGUUUGGCGAGCAGGAGGAAGACUCUACAACUGCAGCAGCCUACCUCCUUCUCUCCUUGCCGUGUCUUGAAAGCGUGGCCUUAGAAGGCCUCGCUGAGGCCUGCAAUCUCAUCGAGCACAAAGAGUUCAUCCGGGCAGAUGAGUUCACCAACAGAGAGGGAGUUCCACAGCUAGAGGAGGUGUGGAAAGAGAGGAUGCAGAGGCGGGGCAGGAAGAGUUGGAAGGGGAAGCAAAGCAAACCAGAUGAGAGUGAAGAGGACUUGGAGGAUGAGAGUGAGGAAGAGGAAGAGUCCUGUUGUCAAACAAAGGGAACACAUAAAGCUUUGUCCCAGUCAGGACUGGUCCUGCAGUUGAGGGAUGUUCAGGGUGUAACCUGUGACUCUUUGAACAGUUUGAGUCGUUUAUGUCCUUAUAUGAAGUCUAUAUCUUUGAACACUGAGUACAAACACAGCAGUGGAAGACAACAUGGGUGUCUGCUGGCAUCAGACCUACAGGCCUGGUCAGGGCAGCUGCAGAGCCUUUCAUUUCACUACCCGGGCCCUCUAGUUGAUCUUCUUCUACCCUUGCAAGUUGCAGGCUCCUCUCUGAUUUCUCUCACCCUGGAGGGAGUGAAAACCAGCCCCCACAGCCCACUGCUGGAGGUCAUCCGGGCCUGUCCCAGACUCAGAGACCUUUUCAUCUCCGCUGAGCCUCCUGUUAUGUUAGAGCUAGAGCAUGAGGACGAUGAUGAGGAUCUUCCACAGCUGCCAAACCUCUACUCACUCAAACUCAGUUUCUCCUAUGAUCACAACCAAAUGAAGCCCUUCAUGUUUUGGAUGUCGCUGAUGAAGGUCCUCAAGUGUCUCCUGAUUGGAUCUCCUUUGCUGGAGAAGCUCUCCCUGGUCUCCCUGCCAUGUCCUCUGAACAACGUUUUACAGAACGUGCUGCAACGGGCGAGCUUGGGUACCCCAGCCUCACCUCCGCUGCCACUCGGACGGGUAAAACAUCUUGACCUGGCGCGAACAGAUGUUCAGAUGAUAACUAUAAAAAACAUAAUGCAGCGGAGCAGGAGGCUGAAGUUUGUGGAUGUUAGUCACUGCUGGCAGAUCAGUCAGCUCCAGUGGCUGGACUGCAAAAGGGUCAGAUCAGUAGAAGUUGUCUGGGUGUAG